CGUCGGCUUCGUUAAUAUGUGAAUUGUGACUAAUUUGAUUAAUAUUUCUAGAAUUGAUUAAUACUUUUCGCUUUAAUACAAUCUUUCAGUAAUUUCAAUAGAAAAUUAUAAGCAUUUCUCGUCGGUGACGUUAAGUAUCACGUGAUUGAUAAAAUGCGCAGCGCAUUCUGAAUCUAUUUUGUUUCUGUUGAUCAUAGGAAGUACCGAACUGUUUGUUUUCGUUUUGAUCAAAAAUUUGUUGUGAAGCGGUGAAGACAGUCGAUUCCUAUCUGACCGAAAAGUACCCAACAUCAAGAUGAAGAUUCUCUUCUUCGUCGCAGCGUUUAUAGCCCUAUCGUCAGUUGAUGCAAAAGCUCCACUAUUAGGAGCGAAGGAAUGUACUUGGGGCCCUUCUUAUUGGUGUAAGAACUUGACAUCAGCAGCAUCUUGCCAUGCCACCAAGCACUGCAUACAGACCGAUUGGAUGCAUAGGCAGCUUCCUCCAGACAACAGCAACAUCUGCCAGACAUGUCUGGACAUGGUCAAGCAGGCGAGAGAUCAGCUACUCAGCAAUGAGACCCAGGAGUUGAUCAAGGAGGUGUUCGAGGGCACCUGCAAACUCAUCCACUUCAAGCCGGUAGUCAAGGAAUGCGACAAGAUCGUCGACAACUUCAUACCCGACCUCAUCGACACUCUCGCUUCGGAGAUGAACCCCCAGGUGGUGUGCUCUGUGGCGGGCCUGUGCAACAACCAGGAGUACCUUAAGAGCCUGGAAGAAUCGACCAGUAGCACCCUCAGACCCACCACUCGCCAACUAGGUGACGUUACACCUUGCGAAGGAUGUCAGACUGUCGUCAGCGUGAUGGAGAAGAGGUUCAACAGCAUGUCCAAGGACGAGGUCUUGCACGGCUUUCUCAUGAUGUGCAGGCACACCGGCAGCCUGUCCGAUGCUUGCAGCAACAUAAUCCUGACCUACUUCACCGAGAUCUACGAUCACAUCAAGGAACACCUGAACCCCGGUGAGGUGUGCAUCCUGUCGGGAGAAUGCAGCGCCCUCUACCAUCGCCACGACGAACCACAGAGUGUACAGAUCACUCCAAUCUCCAACAUAGGUUUUGUGCCAGUCGGUGUUAACGACGACCUCACUUGCGAGUUCUGCGAACAGCUGGUGAAGCAUCUGAGGGAUCUGCUAGUGGCCAAUACUACCGAGGAAGAGUUCAAGAAAGUGUUGGAAUCCCUGUGUAGGCAGACCAGAUCUUUCUCCGACGAGUGCGUUGGAUUGGUCGACCAAUACUACGAGUUCGCCUAUCAAUUCUUGAUCGAAGAACUGAACGGUACCGCCGUCUGCGCCAUGGUUGGCAUCUGCCCCAGAGGAUCGGGAUACGAGAAUGUUCCUAUUGUACCUCUGCUGCCGUACGAAACCGCAGACGCUCUAGAAAUCAGCCCCGUUCCCAAGAAACCAACUCUGGCAAGGGUGCCUCUUACCAAGAAUACGCCUUCCAUUAAGAUAAUUUACGAUCCACCAGCUUUGGGCAGGCCCGAAGAUGCUCAGCUACCUAUAGACCUCCUCAUGCCUGACAACAACCAGCUGUUCAACAAGCAAGUGUGCGAGUUCUGUCAGUUCUUCUUGCACUACGUCCAACUGGCCAUCACCGAUCCCAGAACAGAGGAACAGAUCAAGACGGUGGUGGAUAAAGCUUGCAACGAGCUACCUACCUCCAUUAACCAAACCUGCAGGAAUUUCGUUGACACCUACGAACCGGCCUUGGUCUCCCUAUUGGCCCAAGAGAUCGACCCCUCUGAAAUAUGUCCAUUGGUCAGGGCCUGUCCUUCAGAAGAUGUAAGGGAUGUGGACGUGUUCAUGCAGGAAGAGACCGGAGAUAACUCCAAGUGCCCCCUCUGUCUGUUCGCUGUCACGAAGUUGGAGGAGAUGGUUAAGGACAAUAAGACCGAGGCUGAAAUCAAGGCAGCUCUUGAUAAACUUUGCACGAAACUACCAAAGGAGUUGUCUGGCGAAUGUCAGGCUUUUGUCGACACUUACACUGACCAAUUGGUGGGUAUGUUGAUUGCUGAUCUGAACCCUCAGGAGGUUUGCGUUUACUUGAAGCUUUGCACGGAUAACAAACCAGCUCCGCCUGUGAUGAAGCCAUUGCCGAAACCAGUUAUGUUCUCUGGUCAAAUAGAUACCAAUGCUAUUUUGGACAACACUUAUGAUGGAGUCAUCAUCGAUAUCGAACCAUUCAACAAAAACGAGAAUGUUGGAAGUAUUCAGUGUUAUGUAUGCAAGAAAGUAAUGGAACUGCUUUUGAAGGAAGUCAGUGAUAUGACUGAUGAGCAAGUUCUCCUGGACUUUUUCAAAAAGGUAUGCCCCUUGAUACCUGACGUCGACAACAAUGAAUGCGCUGAUUUCAUACAAAAAUACGGCGAUACUAUCAUCAAAUUUUUGAGAGACGGAGUGGCGCCAGAGGAAAUUUGCUCCGUAAUGCAAAUUUGCGGAACCAGACAGCUUCAACUCAUGAGAGGAUAUGAAAUGGUUUAUCCCGUGCAGACAGCAGUGAAAGCUAACAAUGCAGAAUGUAUUAUAUGUAAGAUAAUCAUGCAGGAAAUUGAUAAUGAGCUCAAAACAAAUGAGCAAAGCUUAGAGGAUACUGUACGCAAUGUUUGCCAACAUUUACCUGACAUUUGGAAGAAAGAUUGUACUGCUUUUGUUAGAGAUUACGGUGACACCAUAAUUCAAGCUCUUAUCCAAGUUCUAGAACCUAACGAUAUAUGCCCCUAUCUGAAGUUGUGUAAACCCGCAGAAAUGGAAUUGAAGACAGAAGUAACAACAUUACCUUCUCCUUUCUUUUCUGAUGAUGCACCGAAAGAUGACUGCUAUAUGUGCAAAAGAAUAUCUUGGGCCAUGUCCAAAAUAUUGUCUAACCCAAAAACCCAGCAUGACAUGAAACAUGUGUUGGCAAAAACUUGCAGGGCUAUACCUGUUCGUAACCGUAAGCAGUGUCAAGAUAUCUUGGAGAGAAAAGGAAAGGACAUUUAUAACUUAUUGAUUCACAAGAGUGACAAGAGAACUAUUUGCGUCAAGGUCGGACUUUGUAAGAAGGCUGAACUCGAAGUUUAGAUGGUACUUAAAAAUAUUAUUUUUAGAAGUGCCAAAAUAUGAUGAUUGUUUCAAAGUACGAAAUUCUGUAAUUUACAAGUACUACUUAGCUUUAAGGAUAUUACAAGACUUUCAUUUAAUUUUACUCUGUAACGAUGCCUGAAUUUAUCUUGUUUUAUUUUAAUGAUUGAUAUGAGGAAAAUACGUAAACUCUGGAAACUAUGUUUCUUUAUCUUUCAAUUUUUGGUUGUGAUUAUAUUAUAUUUUAUAACCAUGUUGUAAUAUUCAUUGAAUUGUUUAAUAAAGAAUUAACCUCA